AAAAGUUCUUCAUUUUCUGAAUUGUUGUCGUUAACCGAUGCAUUUCUAGAUCAUCACUCUCUGGUGCUCACGAAAUUCCUCAGCUUUUCCUUUGAUAGUUCUUGUCAAGAACCGAAAAAGUUUUUAGAUUUGUGCUCCUCCUGGGUUUACUAAAUUAGGGUUUUAGAGUCGACGUGAUGAGUUACCGGCGAGAUUACGGCAGUGAUGCAGUUCACGUGAGAAUCACCAACGACCCUCCGCCUGAUAAUUUAUUUCCGAGUUCCGGCGACAGUUCCGUCUGGGCCACUGAGGAUGAUUACAGCCGUGUCUCAGAUGACGCAGAGUCUCCGAGCAAGAAGACACGAUCUUCCGCCUCCGAGAUCGGGAAAUCGUUCUUCAAGACGAAGCUUUGCUUCAAAUUCCGCUCCGGAACUUGUCCCUACCCCGCGAGCUCUUGCCACUUUGCUCACAGCGUGGAGGAUCUCCGUCGUCCGCCGCCGCCCAAUCGGCAGGAGACUGCGACAGAGGCUUUAAGAAACAGAGAAAGCUUUGCGAUUAGUUUUGGCCCUCGUGGUUAUGGUGCUGCUAGUGAUGGUGGCAAUGUUGCUCAGACUCUGAAGCCUCCGAAUUGGAAGACAAGGAUUUGCAAUAAGUGGGAGACUACUGGCUAUUGUCCUUUUGGUACUAACUGUCAUUUUGCUCAUGGAGCUUCAGAGUUGCAUACAUUUGGUGGAGGACUCGUUGAAGGAGAAUGUAAGAUCGGAACAUCUGCCACUCCGGACACAAAGCAGAGAGGACAAGUAGACAUAGUGACUAGCCUUGUUUCUCCCGGAGUCUCAUCCCAACGGACAUCUAGUGCUGUUACGCAGAAACCCAACGGGCAAACACCUUACGGUGACUUAAUCCAUGUGGCCACUCCGCCUGAAAAUACUGGCCUCGACCCAUUUAUCAUCCGGUCCUUUCCUGAAUUCCUCUAUUCAUCUGCAACAAUGAAAAAUCAUGGGACGGAAUGCGCUAUCUGCUUGUCAGAGUUUUCAGAUGAAGACACAGUUAGGCUCAUAACGGUUUGUCGUCAUCCCUUUCAUUCAAAUUGCAUUGAUCUUUGGUUUGAGUUACACAAGACUUGUCCUGUUUGCCGGUGUGAGCUAGAUCCUGGCAUGAUCGGAUCUGGAAGCCAUGAAUUUAUGCACAACGCAGUCACAAUUACUAUUCCGGACAUAAACCAUGAUGAGGAAAAUCCUCCUACCACUGGUUCAAGUAAAAGGCUAAUGGAAGCCUCGGCUUGGCGAUUCUCGAGGUCACAUUCUACUGGACAUUUCAUGGUUAAGACUACGGAUGUCAAUGUGAAGUCCAAAAGAAGGCAUUACCAAACAGGAAGCUGUGACUCGUUCGACGAACUUACUCGGUAUGAUGGAGCUGGAUGGUUUGGUGAUUCAUCACACAUUAGCAGGAUUGAAGUCUAGUUUAGUGAAAUUCUGUUACAUCUUCAUUUUUGUGUUCUUUGUAGCAGUAGCUAUUUCAAAACUGUAAUAAGAUCUGUAGUCAGAU